AUGAUUGUGACGAAGACGUUUUUAGCUUGUGGUCACGUUGCAAGCGGCGUGGACUCACAGAUUAAGACCCAUUUAUUUAAAGGCAGUAAUGUCGGUGACAUAGUAAUGUCAGCUGCUGCAGAGACGCUGCCCGCUACGGGCUCACGAGAUGCCUGUCCCACGCCAUCACCUUCCACACCACCUCGUCAAUCAACCGGCAAACACACAGUACAUUGGUUUCGCAAAGGCUUGCGACUCCAUGAUAAUCCUGCUCUCAGAGAAGGAUUAGUAGACGCAGUCACUUUUCGCUGUGUCUUCAUAAUUGAUCCUUGGUUCGCCAGCUCUUCAAAUGUUGGUAUUAAUAAAUGGAGGUUCCUACUGCAAUGUCUUGAGGAUUUAGAUAGUAGCUUAAGGAAACUGAACUCCCGUUUGUUUGUGGUGCGCGGACAGCCGGCGGAUGCGUUGCCAAAACUGUUCAACGAGUGGGGAACGACGGCGCUGACGUUCGAAGAAGAUCCAGAACCCUACGGCCGAGUACGAGAUCAUAAUAUUACGACAAAAUGUCGCGAAGUUGGCAUCACUGUGAUAUCGAGAGUCUCACACACCCUUUACAAACUAGACAGUAUUAUAGAAAGGAACGGUGGAAAAGCGCCCUUGACAUAUCACCAAUUUCAAGCCCUGAUAGCGAGCAUGCCGGCACCGCCACCUGCGGAAACUGCUGUAUCAAUGAAGACCCUCAACGGGGCCACCACACCUAUCUUCCCUGACCACGACGAUAGAUUUGGAGUGCCGACUCUCGAAGAACUCGGAUUUGAGACAGAAGGACUCAAACCGCCAAUAUGGAUUGGUGGUGAGAAUGAAGCGCUGGCGAGGCUUGAAAGGCACUUAGAACGAAAAGCAUGGGUAGCUUCUUUUGGUAGACCUAAGAUGACACCACAGUCUUUGUUAGCAUCUCAAACUGGCCUUUCCCCCUACUUGAGAUUCGGUUGUUUGUCGACGCGAUUGUUUUAUUAUCAACUUACCGAAUUGUAUAAGAGGAUAAAGAGGGUACGACCUCCUCUGUCCUUGCAUGGGCAAAUAUUAUGGAGGGAGUUUUUCUAUUGCGCAGCGACGCGGAAUCCUAACUUCGAUAGAAUGGUCGGCAAUCCCAUAUGCGUUCAAAUUCCAUGGGAAAAAAACCAGGAAGCGCUGGCUAAGUGGGCCAAUGGACAAACCGGUUUUCCAUGGAUAGACGCCAUAAUGAUACAAUUAAGAGAAGAAGGCUGGAUCCAUCAUUUAGCGAGGCAUGCCGUUGCCUGUUUUCUGACUCGCGGCGAUCUUUGGAUAUCCUGGGAAGAAGGGAUGAAGGUCUUCGAUGAAUUACUCCUAGAUGCGGACUGGUCAGUGAACGCGGGCAUGUGGAUGUGGUUAUCCUGUUCAUCAUUUUUUCAGCAGUUCUUUCACUGCUAUUGCCCCGUACGCUUCGGACGUAAAACGGACCCUAACGGUGACUUCAUAAGAAAAUAUAUCCCAGCAUUAAAGAAUAUGCCCACACGAUACAUUCACGAACCAUGGGUGGCACCCGAAGCAGUACAGCAAUCGGCCCGUUGUCUUAUCGGACGUGACUACCCUAUGCCGAUGGUGGACCAUGCGAAGACAUCGCAGAUAAACAUCGAACGUAUCAAACAAGUGUACGCACACCUCGCGAAAUUUAAACCUCAAGGUCUUCUCAAUCCUCAAAUAGUUCAACGGCCCAAUGUUCUGCAGUCUUCUCCGAGCCCUACUUCGAUUAUUACAAGUAUCAAUCAGUCAAACUUUUUAUGUAGCCAAACCACUGAAGGUCAAACGUCGACGAGUCCACCGAAUACUGAACCUCGCAAAGACGACAUAUUCAUUAGACCAAACAGUAAUUACGUUAGGCCCAGCGUGGAUGUGACGAAACCGCUGUUUAAGCAAGUCAUACUGGUCCAACAACAGAAAGCCACAAAAUUGUUGCAGCAAACUUGUCCAGCCCCGAAGGAACAUUACUUAAUGAAUGGCGAGCUCAGCAUCGCUUAUAAAACCAUAAGUAGUUCCAUCACAAGACCUAAAAAGACGGACAAUUGCAAUUUUGAAAACCAUACUAUAGUUCCUGCACAGGAUGGCUUUACGAAAAACCCAAACGCUCCCGUAGAUAAAACCAAAAUGUACAGUGUCGGUAGCAACGGUGUCAUAUCUCACGACAAAAUUGAACAAUGUUACACAAACAAUUAUGAGGAGGGAGAGAGAGACGAAAAAAAUUCCACUAUCCAGAUGGUGAUAAACAAUGACAGACAAUUCCUAGGUAUGCCAGAUGAGGGUUCAACACAACGAGAAAAUUGA